UGUUCUAUUCGAGCGCGCUUCAAUAGGACAUUGAAACAUAUUGGUGGAAACGCGAAUCUAUCUAAAGAAAAAAGGUCCAUUAAUUUACAUCUAAUCAAAAAAGAAAGAAACAUACAAAAUUGACUACGAAAAACAGAUCCUUUAAAUUGAGCUCGCAGCCUUAUGAUCGAUUUUCAUAUCCUUUUGCAAUCCUCCGUCUAAAUCCUGAAGACUCAUUCUCUUUUCCAGUCAUUUCCAGUUGCAUCGCGUUAAAUCUUUCGCACUAAAAAUAAGAUAAAUAUGUAAAUCAAGCAUCGAAGAGAAAAAAAAGAAGAGAGAUCGUCCAAUCGGGAAAAAAAGAAAAACUAAACCAAUAAUAAAUUCGAUUAUGAAUAAAGCGAUUAUUGGCAGUUCGCGACAGCUCGAUAUCUAUACACGUGGACGACAACAGGCUUGGAAUUAGGAGCGUGCGAACGAGGGCACCGUGGAGGGCACCGUGGAGGGCAUCGCAUGAGAACCCGCCCAGCGUCGUGCUGCCGCACAGCAAUGCAUCGACAAACUAAAUAAUCGACGUCAAAAGCUGUCAAAUAUGGCGAGGGGCAGCGAGAGAGAGCGGUAAUUGACAUGUAAAAAUGUGAAUGGCCCCGCCGCGGCCCGCACUGUGAUCUGCGCUUCGAUCGGGUGGGUGGGUCGCGCGCUCGUGGCCGACGAUCGCGGUGUCCUCGCGUGCGUGGAUCCGGGCUCACGCGGACGACGACGGCGACGACGACGACAAUCGACGACGAUGUCGGGCCCGUCGCCGGCGCCUGUCGAAUGCCGGAAGUGAAGUGUUUCCCGGCGCGACCGCGAGGGCAGUCCGAACCAGGAGCCAGACAGGGCUCUACACACAGACCCGGGAAGGAGGGGCAUGGUAUGGUAAUCAUCGGACAAACGCUAUGGGCGCUCAACAGACCAAGGACAGGGUGAUCCCCGCCGGGUCCACCGUGCGGCAGACACGCAAGCAGCCCAGAAAUCUCAAAGAUACGCGCGUCAUAGGCUCUAACAUAUUCACCGAGCACAGCGAGGCACUUUUGCAAAGUAGACCUCUACCUCACAUUCCAGCAUUGCCAGAAGGUGAUCCUCCGAGUGGUUCUAGUGUUCAAUCAAUUUCACAGCAAGCUAACAUUCAACAGCACGCCAGUGUGUCCACUAGUGGACUUCUUGAAGCAGCAAAUAGAUGGACUAGCAAGGAAAACCUCUUAGCACAAGAGGAGGAUGAUCCUCAAUUAUUUGUCGCCUUGUAUGAUUUUCAAGCUGGUGGGGAGAAUCAACUUAGUUUGAAAAAGGGUGAACAAGUACGUAUCCUAAGUUAUAAUAAAAGCGGAGAAUGGUGUGAGGCUCAUUCGAGCUCUGGGCAAGUGGGAUGGGUACCAUCGAAUUACGUUACACCCGUGAACUCCUUGGAAAAACACUCUUGGUAUCAUGGAAGGAUAUCUAGGAAUGCUGCAGAGUAUCUGCUGAGUUCAGGGAUAAACGGUAGUUUUCUUGUACGGGAAUCGGAGAGCAGUCCCGGACAACGUAGUAUCUCUUUGAGAUACGAGGGUCGAGUGUAUCACUAUAGGAUUAACGAAGAUAGCGAAGGAAAGAUGUUUGUCACAACAGAAAGCAAAUUCAACACGUUAGCUGAGUUAGUGCAUCAUCAUUCAAUGCUUGCUGAUGGCCUUAUAACGCAACUGCUUUAUCCUGCACCAAAGCAUAAUAAGCCUACCGUCUUUCCUUUGAGUCCGGAGCCGGACGAAUGGGAGAUUAACAGGACGGACAUAGUAAUGAGACAUAAGUUAGGAGGCGGCCAAUACGGCGAUGUGUAUGAAGCAGUCUGGAAGAGAUACAACAUGACCGUAGCGGUUAAAACUCUGAAGGAGGAUACGAUGGCAUUGAAGGAUUUUCUGGAGGAAGCGGCUAUCAUGAAGGAAAUGAAACACCGAAAUCUAGUACAAUUACUGGGAGUUUGUACACGUGAACCACCGUUUUACAUUAUCACGGAAUUCAUGAGUAAAGGGAAUCUCCUCGAUUAUCUGCGGAAUGAGAGUAAGCAUCAGAUUAACGCUGUAGUUCUGAUGCACAUGGCUACACAGAUUGCGAGCGGCAUGAGUUAUUUAGAGAGUAGAAACUUCAUUCAUCGCGAUCUGGCGGCCAGAAAUUGUCUGGUCGGCGAAAACCAUCUUGUUAAGGUUGCAGAUUUCGGUCUAGCUCGUCUUAUGAGAGACGAUACGUACACAGCCCAUGCAGGGGCGAAAUUUCCUAUAAAAUGGACUGCACCAGAAGGUUUAGCAUAUAAUAAAUUCUCCACAAAGUCUGAUGUAUGGGCAUUCGGUAUCUUAUUAUGGGAGAUUGCCACUUAUGGAAUGUCCCCUUAUCCUGGUGUCGAUCUAACAGACGUUUAUCACAUGUUGGAAAAAGGCUAUCGAAUGGAAUGUCCUCCCGGUUGUCCAACAAAAGUUUAUGAUCUGAUGCGUCAGUGCUGGCAGUGGUCAGCAGCAGAACGGCCAACUUUUAAGGAAAUACACCUUUCAUUAGAAAAUAUGUUUCAAGAAUCUAGUAUUACCGAAGAGGUAGAGAAGCAACUUCAAGGUGGGGGGGAAAUUCCAUUGCUAGCAUACAAAAAAUCGCAGACUGGAAGUACAGGAAAUAUACAUGGACUUGUUCUUGUAUCCGAGCAAUUAUCUUCUUCCGGCAUAACGCAAGAAGGAGCCAGCUCGGUCACCAAAUUAAGUACUUUUAUGGGAGGUUUGUCAAGUAGGAGUAAUAGUAAUAUGGUUCAAAUGCGAAGAUCUACCAAUAAAAAAGGAAAACAGGCGCCAGCACCUCCUAAGCGAACAAGCUUACUAUCAUCGUGCAGUUCUUUUCGAGAUUCUGCCUAUCAAGAACAAGAUCAGCAAAAUGUUGAAGUGAGCACUAUGACGCUUGACGAUGGCACAGAUCUAAAUGGUAUUGAUAAAAUUUUUGAAGGUAUCACACGUGAUCUCGUGACAAUGGCUACACAGUCAAUUACUACAGGAGGUUGCGAUAUGGACGACGACGGAGAUGGGUCGCAAGGGACAGCAGAACAUAACUUUGUUCCUCAACCGUCAACCUCGCCGGAACCAGUAUCCAACUUACCAUGCAAUCAGAAACAAAUUAAAUCUCGACCUUACACGUCUAAGGAAGUACUGCCUCAGAAGCUGGUCCACGUGGGUGCGCUGGAGGUGCAAAAUGUUAAGAGGGCGAUCAACCGUUACGGCACUUUGCCAAAAGGAGCCAGAAUCGGAGCGUAUUUGGAGUCCCUACGACAAAGCGGUAUGCCGCCGAAUCAAGAGAACAUCGCCACGUCCUCUUUAUCCAAUGCAGUCAUAGAACAGCAGCAGCAGGACAUUAUCACCGCGAGCGUUGUCGACGUGAUCCCGCAGCAUCGUUCCCUUUCACCUCGUCAGAAUAAUUUACGCAAUCAACCACAGAUGACGCGUAGCAACUCUUCGAGCGGAGUGGUAAAUACCUAUCAGCCGCCGAACUCACCUCGCAGCCGUGCCGUAGGUAUCAGGAAAACCAAUACAGAGGGGAUCGGCUUGCGAACUUUUCGAGUGCCGAACAAUUCCAGCUUCCGUACUGCCAGCCCGUCGAGAUCGGUUCAGCCAACUCUGGCUGAUCUGGAGUUUCCACCACCACCAGUGGAUCUACCACCUCCUCCAGACGAAGCCUUCGAUCACUGUGAUUUGCCACCACCUAUCACAACGGCGUCACCAUGCGAGACAUCCUCUUCUCACACGAAGAUAGCAAGCUCGCCAGUCGGCCUUAGGAAAGUGAAAGCAGAAUGGCGGAGCAAAGACGAGAUCAGCGAUUACGAUCAGGACGAUAGAAAUAAUGAUGUGAGAAACGCGGAGCCAUCAGUGAAGGAGGCUAGUUCGCGAUUCGGCGUGAAUCUGCGACGCCGGGAAACGACUGCCGGCGAUGCGCAUUGCGGUAGCGGCGGCGGCGUUGGUAAGUCCGCGGACGAGAAGAAAUUAAUUUUUAGACCAAAGGAAACGACAAGCAGUGGCACGAUCAAAACGGAAUCGUUGGACGCGACGAUCGUGGCACCCGAGGAAGCGCCACCGCCGCCUCCACCACCGCCGCCGCCUAUCGACGGUGCCGUAAUCGGAACCAGUACCACCGACCCCUUCGAGUCCAAACCCGGCAUGAAGGAGAUGCUGGAGCUCAAGCUGAUCAACGAGAUCAAACAGAAUGCAGACAUGAAACACGGUGGUACCGGCUUCGCGAAGAAGACUGGUAGUGUCGCUAGUAGCAACGCGCCUUUGUCGGCGGCACCACUCGACCCGGCGUCGCAGCUUCUAUCCGAGUUGUGCGCCAGCUUCAGCAUGGAUUCCGCCAAUAAGCAGCAUAUCGUCCCGAGCGAGUACGCAAUCUCGAUGUUGAAAAGCAAUGACGUGUCUAACGUUCAGGAACACGUUCACAUGAACAUGCCGAGCGCGCACACUGACAGAAGCAGCGGCCACAAGGAGAUCCCGAUGACUUCGCCGAUUACGGAAGGCCAUGUAUUGAGUGCUGCUAGUGUAGGUUUCAAAUUGAAGAAGGUAGACAAGAGAAGUAAUCCACAGAAGGAAGAGAAUCCGGAUGGUCAAAUAAUCGACUUCAAGGCUCGGUUGCGAAAGGUGGAUAAUACUGACAAAGAGAAGGCCGUGGCGGACGAAAGAAACAAGUCAUCGCGCUUUGACGACUGCACGCAGGGAAGUAACGUCGCGGAUUCGGCGGAUUCGUCGUCUGGUGUGGAUGAUGCGAAUGAUGACAAGCGCCGCAGCACCGGCAGUAUUAGUAGCCUAAAAAAAUUGUGGGAGAACAAAGAGGCUUCUUGUGAUAACCAACCACUUAGUCCUAAAUUAAAUGUGAGAGGGGCGAGUAGCAAACAGGAUGUCGGUGACAUUGCGAGCGAGGACUCUCCAGAGGAUCAUAGCGGUGCCUCGACCAGAAGCUCGACCAGCAAAGGCGAUCCGCGAAUAUGGCCUCCAACCUCGUCAUCCUCAGUAACCUUGGAAAUGGAAAAGCCGAUCGUACCGGCCAAACCAUUGAAACCACUCGGACCCUCCAGCAAACAUUUUGGUUCCUCGAUAUACGCCACGCCGAAUUGCAAUAAGUCGUCACAGAGCGACGACGACAGUAGCAAGCAGACUAGCGGCGAAAUGACAAAAGGGGCGAAGCAUAGCGUGAUGGAAAUCUCGAACGUUAUAGAAAACAGCAUUUUGAAUCUGAAGGGUAGUCCCACCAUAGUUAUGGCCAGCUGGCUGCAGCUUUCCGACAAGGUCGGCUUGCUUCACGGCAUGUGCGUCAACCUGACGGAUACGGCGAUCGCGCCGCAUGCGAGAUUCCAAUUCCGCGACCUGCUCACUCGGCUCGAGCUGCAGGCGAGGCAGCUGCGAGCUGCCGGCACACGCAACAUCACCGAGAACACGAGACUCUUAUGUGAUGUGCAGAAUACGAUAAAGGACGUGAUAAACACGGUGCAGAGGUAAAGCCGCACCGGGCCGGUUAAAAAAUCAAAACGAGCAUCUCGCCCUGCGAGUUUUCCCUGCACUCCACCGCCCUACCCCUGUGAUGUACCCCGAUCGCAGAAGUCAUCACUCUCGUCCCUCCUAUCUCUUUCUCUCUCUAUCUCGCAUUCGCAUGUGGACGUAUAGUAUACAUAUAAAUUUAUAUAAAUAUAUAUCUAAGUCACUAAAUAAGGUUUUAUCAAGGAAUGAAAUCUUUUUUGAAAGCAUAGCAAUUAAUCUACGCGAGCGAAUAAGAGCGAACUUAAUGUGAAUAAGUCCUUAAUCGAUAAUACGACUGCAUGAUCCUUAGAGGAAUUAAUCCAAAGUUGCAUGAGUCGUCGGUGACACUUCUUGACAGUCACAUAAGGACACAA